AAGGGAAUUAGAAGUAUACCUUAUUAACUAAUGAAUAUGAAAAAUAAGCCAAUAAUCCUUUUGGUUCCUUAUCCUGCACAGGGACAUGUUAAUCCCAUGCAAAAUCUAGCCUCAUCUUUUUUAGCUCAAGGAUUUGAAACUUUGAUAAUCCUCCCUCAACAUGUUCAUAAGAAGAUUAAUGUUGAUGAUGAUAAUGGUAAGAUUGUUAAGUGUGUUGGUUUAGAAGAUGGGAUUGAAGAGGAAACAACAACACCUGAUUUCUUUGCCAUUGAGUCAUCCAUGGAGAACACAAUGCCAAAACAUUUGGAAGAGUUUCUUCAAAAUAAUGAAAGGCUAGGUGAAGUGUGUUUGAUGGUUGUUGAUUUGUUGGCAUCUUGGGCCAUACAAGUGGGUGAGAAGUUUGGGAUCACUACUGUUGGGUUUUGGCCAGCCAUGCUUGCAUCUUAUCUUUUGAUUGCAGCCAUACCUCAGAUGCUUAGGACUGGAUUGAUAUCUGAUACAGGACUUCCACAACAUGAAGGAAAUAUUACCUUUGUACCUACAUUGCCCUUAGUUUCAACCAAUGAUUUACCAUGGCUUAUAGGAACAACUGAUGCAAGAAGAGCAAGAUUUAAGUUUUGGAUGAGAACUUUAGAAAGAUCAAAAGACCUUAAAUGGAUCUUAGUGAAUUCCUUUCCCUUUGAAACCAAAGUUAAGCAGCAAAAUGUACUAUUUAUAGGCCCUAUUUGCAGGCCUCAAGAGUUCACCAAAACUCUAAGUUUUUGGGAAGAAGAUUUGACUUGUUUGAAGUGGCUAACAAAUCAAAAGGCUAAUUCAGUUGUUUAUAUCUCAUUUGGAAGUUUGUUCAAUCCAAUAGGAGAAUCCAGUUUGAAGAAACUAGCACUAGCUCUUGAGGCUACAAUGAGGCCUUUCAUUUGGGUCUUGAAGUCCACUUGGCACCAAUGGUUACCAAUUGGGUUUUCGGAGAGAGUUUUCAAGCAAGGGAAAGGCAUGGUUGUUUCUUGGGCACCACAAACAAAGAUCUUAAAACAUGUUUCAGUUGGUUGUUUUAUCACACAUUGCGGUUGGAAUUCUACGUUGGAGGCUUUACAGUUUCGAAAAAAGUUGUUGUGCUACCCUUUGGCCGGAGACCAGUUUCUGAACUGUGCGUAUAUUGUUGAGGUAUGGAGAGUUGGUUUAAGAUUGAAUGGGCUUGGUUUAAAGGAUGUUGAAGAAGGAGUUGAAAAGGUGAUGGAAGAUAAGGAAAUGAGUAACCGAUUAGAUACGUUAUAUGAAAGGUUCAUGGAAAUACAUGCAUGUGAUAAUAGGAGUGGACAUUUUCUUUUGAAAGAAAUGCUUAAGAAAGCUUCUAUAAUUCAUGAAAAUUCUUGUUAAAUCAUCAUUCAUGAUUUUCCACCAUUAAUAAUUAUAUUACGUUGUAUGAUACUUGAGGGUUGCCGCACCGGGGGAGAAUCCUGGGAUAGCGUCUGGAGGUGCCGCUAUUAAUAAUUCUGGUCAUCGAAUAGUUGUUAAUUGUGGUUUGAUCAAGGGAGAGACUAGGCUCUAUAAUUCCUAGAGGUUUGUUAUUAUUGUGUUGGUUAUUUCCUUUGAAUUGGAAGUUACCAAUAUUGCUGUGUCUGUGUCUAUAAUAAUUUCUAUUGCAUUAAGACAUUUCUAUGUAACUGCUAUUGCAUACAGCAGUUACCAAGUAAGUGUUACUCUAGUUGCAAACUUCUGAGACAAUCUUCUUUUAAGGGAUUAAGAUUUUGAGAUGAUUUACACUUCAAAACUAAUUUCUAAGCCAUUUAUGAAUUUCAUUUUACAUAUAUAGAAAACAAAACAUAUAUUAUAAGAAGCUAGAACCAUAAGAUUGAACUAUAUAGGAUAUUAUUGUAAACAAUUCAAAAGGUAGCCUUACACAGCA